UGUGAUUAAGUUCCUGGAAUGUAUAAAUAAUUGUUUUUUAAUUGUUAUAUAGCAAUUAAAUUUUACUAAUAUCGGUCUGCAUUUUAUAAUAGUUAUUAAGUGUGCAUAGAAACAUAAAAAUAAGAAUGGCGACUGAAAUUAAUGAUAAAUGUGCUCUGAAAAAACUUACUGUGGAAUCUUUAUUGGGUAGUUUUUCAUUUAACCACGAAGAAAGAAUUAAAGCUGAAGACCAAAUAAAAAUACUUGAGACUAUGGAUGAUUUUGGCCUAAUUCUUACUGAAAUCACAAUAGAAGUAUCAUUUCCAGUAGAUCUUAGGCAGCUAGCUUCUGUUCUUUUAAAACAAUACAUAGACUGUCAUUGGUCUUCAUUAUCUGAAGAAAAGUUUCGUCCACCAGAAGUUAGCCCUGAUGUAAAAUCUUUGAUCCGGCAGAACUUACCCAAUGGUUUGCAAGAUGAAAAUAGCAAAAUUCGUUCCAGCGUGGCCUAUGCCAUGUCAAAAAUUGCAUCAUAUGAUUGGCCAAAUGAUUGGCCUGAUUUGUUUAUGUUGCUUAUGCAAGCAUUACAUAGUAUGAAUCAAAAUGUAAUUCAUGGAGCAAUGCGUGUGUUUUCAGAAUUUGCAGGUGAAGUCAGUGAUUUGCAAGUUCCACAUAUUGCUCCUGUUAUUUUACCUGAAAUGUUGAAAAUAUUUUCACAUCCUGAGAUAUACGGUAUUCGAACAAGCUCCAGAGCUGCUUCAAUUUUUUCUACCAUUAUGGGACUUAUUGGAUUAAUGAAAGAAGUGAAUAAGGGAGUGGACAAGCAUUUGCUGAUGCCUUAUUUGCCUCAGUUCUUAGAGGUUUGUAGUCAUCAGCUCACUGUUCCUGAGAGUGAAACAUCUGAUUGUGGAUUAAAAAUGGAAGUUUUAAAGGCUUUAGAAGUAGUUGUCAAAAACUUCCCAAGAACAAUAUCUCACUUUAUUAGUAGUAUUUUACCACCUGUAUGGCAGACAUUUACUCAGAGUGUUGAUAUAUACAUAAAGACUACAGUUAAUUGUGUUGAUUUAUCAGAAGAUCCGGUUGAUGAAGAUGGCGAAAUACUCAGCUUUGAGAAUUUAGUGUUUAGUAUAUUUGAAUUCAUCUCAGCAUUAGUUGAAAAACCAAAGUUUAAAGAAACUGUUGAACAAUACCUAGAGGAUAUUUUAUUCUACACAAUGGUUUAUAUGCAAAUUACUGAUGAACAAAUAAAUUUAUGGUCAAAUGAUCCAAAUCAAUUUGUUGAAGAUGAAGACGAAGAGACAUUUUCAUAUUCAGUUCGCAUUUCAGCCCAAUAUCUGUUACUGAGUCUAUCAGAAAAUUUUAAAAGUGCUAUAAAAAAGUUAUGUAAUGCUGUUGCAAGAUUGAAGCGCAAGUCUGACGAACUGCGAGCUCAAAACAACAUGGGCUGGUGGAAGUACAAUGAAGUUUGUUUAAUUUCUCUUGGCUAUGUUCAACCAAGUGUAGAAGAAAAACUAGAAUCUGGUGAAAUACCCCCUGAUUUUAGGAAUUUUCUUUUUGAAAUGUUGUCGUCAUCAUUGAGUUCACAAGGCACACCUUUUUUGCUUGGUCAAUCAUUCUGGUGUGCUAGUCGAUAUGUUGCAAUAUUAGAUGACAAUGGUUUACAUCAAACUAUUCAAGCAACAGUUCGAGCACUACAAGAUGACCAAUGUCCUGUGCUUAGAGUAUUUGCUGUUAAGUCUUUAUUUGGGUUUUGUGAAUUUCUUCAAAAGAAUGAAAGGCAUGGUGUUAUUAUAGAUAAACUUGAAAGUAUUAUGUCUGGAUUAAUCUCACUUGCUACACAUUAUAGUGACAGUGUGUUAGCUAUAACCCUAGAAACUUUAGUGAUUGUAAUAAAAGUCAAUGAAGAUUUUACAUCAAGAAUUGUUGAAUCAGGAAAUUUGCUACCAUUAAUUAAUGCUCUGUUUAUCAAGUAUGGAACUGAUCACCAUUUAAGUCCAAUUAUUGAAGAAUUUAUAAAUGAACUCGUGUCUAUUCCUUUAUGUUCGCAGCAUGUAUUGGAGAAAACAGUUCCAACUUUAUUAAGCAUACUUGAAGCUUCUAAUGAAAAGAUACCAUCAGCUAUAAUUCCGCCUACAUUAGACAUUAUUACAAAGAUUGUUCGUAAUGGGCCUAAACCAUUAAAUGAAGUAUUCUUCAAACGAUCGUUUCCACAUGUCAUUAAAAAGAUUAUGGAUUCUGAUGAUGCAGCUAUAUUACAGAGUGGUGGAGAAACUUUACGAGCUUACAUAGCAUGUGCUACCCAUGAUGUUGUCUUGUGGCAAGAUUGUUCUGGCCAAAAUGGUUUGUCAUAUAUUGUGACUGCAACUUGUAAACUUCUUGAUCCUCGUUGUAAUGAAAGUAGCGCUAUGUUGGUUGGCAAACUUGUUAAUACACUUGUUUUAAAGGCAGGAUCAAUGUUAGGAGAUAAUUUAUCAAUUAUAUUAAGAUCAGUUCUCAGCAAAUUGCAGCAAUGUCAAUAUUUUACUAUUACUCAGUCGCUACUUAUGGUAUUUAUUCAACUGUUGCGAAAUCAAUUAGAGGCAACCUUGGAAUUUUUAAGCAUGGUUCCUGGACCUUCUGGAAAUUCUGCAUUAGAUUAUAUUUUAAGUGAGUGGUGUGCAAAACAUUCUAGCUUUAUCGGAGGAUAUGAGAUUAUAUCGAGUAUUGAUGCAAUUUGUAAGUUACUUAUGUAUAUCGUGGCAACUAAUGAUGUUCGAUUUGAGACUAUUCAUGUUAAUGGUGAUGAAAUAAUUAAUGGAGAAGGAAGAGUGUUACGGUCUCAUUCAAAAAAAGAAGCAGAGUUCUCUAAGAUACCAGUGGCUAUAAAAUUGUUUAAAUUGGUUGUUGCUGAAUUAGUGCAACUAGAGCUUUCUGAAAAUGCAGAAGGUGAGGAGGAAGAAGACAGUGAAGAGGAAGAUGAUUGGGAAGAUAUUGGAGAUAACUCAAAUGAAAUAACUGUUCAGCAAGCGAUUGAGGCAAUACUUAGCCAAGGAAAUAAGUUUGAAGAUUAUGAAGAGGAAGAUUUUGAGGAUGAUCCUGACACAAAGGAAGAUCCUUUAAACAACACAGAUCUAAAGACUAUUCUUACACAUUUUCUCGAAGAGUUUUGUCAGUUGCCGUAUUUUUCAAACUUCACUCAAACGCUUAAUGACACUGAAAAGCUAUGUCUUAAAAAGUUGGGUUAUUUUACUUAGAAUAUUUAUAAUAAUUUAGGCGUGUUUGUUCAUUUUUUCAUUUUCAAUGAAGAAAUCAACCAUAAUUUGUAAUUAGAUUUUAAUAAAAUUUU